UAAAACUCUGAUGAUGAAAAAUUCUGUGUUUUUCUUCUGGUGAGGUUUCGGUGCAUCCAGUGGUGUGUUAGUGUUGCUUUUAGUGUGUUAUGGGUCCUUUGAAACUAGUGCUUAUUGAAUCCAAGGCUUUUGAGAUAGUAAGAGAUGGGAGGUUUGUUCAUAUAACAGAGAAAGGUUGGAAGGUGGUGAAAGAGAUUAGUCUGGGGUUAGGUACGACAAGGUGGUUCUUACAUGCCUUGGAGGAUAGCGUGAAGGCUGGGAGGCAGGGGUAUUAUUUUGCCCAUAGAGAUGGUGACAGGGGCUAUGUUGCUCAGCGUCGCCUUAACUCACGAGGCUGCAUUAUGGCGUUGAUGGAAUAUGGGGGGGGGGGGGUGGGUAUCGAAAUUUCUUGUUCAUUCCAGAGGACAGGGAAGGGAGGGGGUGGAGGAAGAUGGUGGAGGCGCUGAAGGUGGUUGCAGGUUCUCCUCUACCUCCACACCAGCCUCCAUCUCGGUCUUACAGGGAGGUGUUGCAGUUCAGAGGUAGUAGUUGGGUUAGCCAUCACUCUGACACUUCAGCAGGCUUGAGAGGGGUAGGCCUGCAAAGGGGUGUUGCCAUUCCUGUAGAAGAUCAGAUGCGGAGGGUAGAAGGCAGAGGUGUGGUCGGUAUGCAUGAGGAAAGUGUGUUGUGUGCCUUACAGGAAAUGAAAAGUCAAGUUGAUUUGUUACAAGAUAAUAUAGCUUGGAUGAUACGGUGCGCAAAGGGGCUUAAAGGGCAGGGAGUGGGCUUCGGUAAGUUUGAGGGCUGUGGCCCAAGUUGGCCUCAGGAGCUACCUAAGGCUAGUGGGCAAUUAAAAAUGGGUCAGGCUCGGACUAGUGGGCCUCAGGCUGGGAGUGUGGGCCAGGGAGGAGAGGCUGACUUAAAGGGGAAGAAGGCUGUAAAUGGGCUGGGCUGGAACAGAAGCCCACGUCGAGCUUGGCAGGAGAAAGGCCCGAAACCUAGGAUUUCGGGUAUGCUGGAGGUGCCCGAAUCAUCCACUUUAGGACCGAGUCUUGGGCUGGGUCCGGCACAGACAGUGGCGAAGGCCUGCGGCGCCUCAGGUGGUGGUCCAGCGGUGGCCUCAGAUUCGUCGAAAGUGGUGGCGGGAGAAAAUAUAGAUGGUGCUGAUUCCGGUUCUGCAGUUGAUAACUCUGGUGUUGCUCGGGGAGGGUUACCUCUUUAUGGGGUGUCUCAGUCUCCUUCGGCAGACCCUGGGUCACCAUUAUUCUUGGCCCAGUCACAGCUAAAGCCAUGGGGGGAAGAAGAUAUAGCUCUCGGUUAUGAGGGAGUCAGUGAAGAGUUGGCUCACGAAGAUGAGGGGGAAGGUAUGCUGACUUUAUUUGACCCAUGCAAAUAUUCUUCAGAGGGGGAGGAGGCUGUAGGAGUGGAUCCUACUCUGUUAAGUAUGGUUCCUCCUAGUAUUUCCUCAGACUGGGUUUUGAAAAAAGUAGAGGAACUUCAGAGUUGUAUGGGGAUCUCGUGUGUGGGCUACAAAGAGCAGUUUAAGGCUUUGAUUAUAGCCAUAGAGGCAGGUGAGCAUGGUGUCGGGUCAAGAAGAGAUAGGGAGCUAAAGAGGCUGAUGUGGUCCAUUAAUUAUGAUGGCAAGGAGGGGAAUGCGAGUCAUGGAAGAAACAAGGGGAGGGGUGGUACAGUUGAUAAAUGAAAUCUAAAAUAUUGAGUUGGAAUGUUAGGGGGUUGAAUGAAAUUAAUAAACGCCUUAGAAUAAGAGCUUUACUAAGGCAAUGGAAGGUAGACAUCAUUUGUUUGCAGGAAACAAAGUUGAAGCUUGUCAAUCGUAGUAUUAUUAGGAGCAUAUGGAACUGCCCAUAUGCAGGUUGGACUUACUUACCUUCGAAUGGGGCCUUGGGAGGUAUUUUGGUUAUGUGGGAUAAGAGGGUGGUGGAGAGCAUUGAUGAGUUUGUGGGGGAGUUCUCGGUGGGGUGUUUGUUUAAAAAUUUUGACGAUGGUUUCCUUUGGGCCUUUGCUGGGGUAUACGGUCCGAAUUUGGAUAGUGAAAGGCGGAUGCUUUGGGAUGAGCUGGUUGGUCUUUGUUCUUGGUGGGAGGCUCCAUGGUGUAUUGGAGGGAAUUUUAAUGUGACAAGAUUCUCCAGCGAAAGAUCAGGGGAGGGACGACAAAAUCAAGCUAUGGUGGAUUUUUCAGAUUUCAUUUUUGAGUCAGGCCUUAUGGACAUACCCCUAAUGGGAGGGGAGUAUACUUGGUCUAAUCAUUUUUCUUGGUCAAGACUGGACAGGUUUCUCAUUUCCCCUUCAUGGGAACUUCAAUAUCCAGAUGUAAGCCAGAAAAGACUCCCGAGGAUUUGUUCCGAUCAUUUUCCUGUUAUGCUUGAUGGUGGUGGUAUCAAAGGGGGUAGAAGGUCAUUCAAGUUUGAGAAUAUGUGGUUAAAAAAGGAGGGUUUUGUGGAUUUGGUUAGACAAUGGUGGAGUUCCUAUUUAUUUGAGGGCAAUCCGAGCAAUCUGUUGGCCAGGAAAUUGAAAGCUUUGAAAUUGAAUUUGAAGAUAUGGAAUGAACAGGUGUUUGGUGAUGUAACCUUACAGAUGAAAAGCUUGACACAAGAGCUACAAAGCUUGGAGGGUGUAGGAGUCGAGAACAACCGUAAAGAGCAAGUUGUUUCUGAACUUGAAAGAUUGACUCUAUUGGAGGAGAUUUCGUGGAGAUAGAAGUCAAGGGCUCUAUGACUUCGGGAAGGGGAUAAAUGUACUAAGUUUUUUCAUCGUAUGGCUAAUGCACAUCGAAGGUUUAAUUCUAUAGAGUCCUUGAAUAUUGAGGGAGUUGCAUCCUCUGAUCAGGGCGUGAUGAAGGAUUUUGUGGCUGGCCAUUUUGAAAAUUUGUUGUCAGAACCUCAUUCAUGGAGGCCUACGGUAGAUGGCCUAGUUUUUGAGGGCAUUGAUCAAAAUAGCAUGAUGUGGUUGGAGAGACCUUUUGAAGAGGAAGAUGUAAUACUAGUAAUCAGAAAAAUGAACAAAGAUAAAGCCUCAGGCCCGGAUGGUUUCACCUUGGCUUUUUUUCAGACUUGUUGGGAGGUGGUAAGAGAGGAUGUUAUGCUGGUUUUUCAGGAAUUCUACACUUAUGGCAAAUUUGAAAAAAGCUUAAAUGCGACCUUUAUUGCUCUAGUCCCAAAAAAGGCCAGUGCAAUAGAGAUACAAGACUUUAGACCGAUUAGUCUUGUGGGCAGCGUGUAUAAGAUAUUGUCUAAGGUGCUUGCUAAUAGGAUGAGCACAGUCAUGGAAAAGAUUAUCUCUAAAUCCCAAAAUGCCUUUGUGAGGGGGAGACAAAUUUUAGACUCGGUUCUUAUUGCCAAUGAAUGCUUGGAUAG